AUGGAAUCAUCAUCUAGCUCUGGCUCUUCAAAUAAUGAUUCUAGUGAUGUAGAACCGCUUGACCCUAGCUAUUUUGCUAAUGCUAACCAAAGUAUAAAAAAUGAGCAAAUCCCCAAGCCAAGUCUUCAAAAUCGAAAAAAUUCUCAAAAAUUAAGCAGUUCUUCAUCAAGCCCGUCCAGCCUUAUAAUCAAAAAUAAUAAAAACCCCAGCAAAGAGCAUGAUGCACAGCAACAAAAAAUUCCUCAAGUGAAUCUUGAUGCAGUUGGAAUGAGCGAAUCUGAUAAAGACAUCGAUAAUCUUCAAAAACAGUCUUAUGUCCUUAAAUUAAGUAUGCUACCAGCUCAGCCAAUUCCUGCAAGAAAAUUAGACUCCCCAAAUGAUGAUCCAAUUUUUGCAAAAAAUAAGAGCAAUCAAAAUUAUUCAAUUGAAUUUAAGGCAAAUAAAAAUAUAAAGCAGGAAAGUGAGCUAGUAAAUAUUGAAGAGGGAAAAAGCAAGGGAAAAGGAGAAGAAAAAUUGUGAAAUGUCAAAAAUGCUGAAACAGAGGAUAAAAAGAAAAAUAGAGAAAUAAGGGUUGAAGAGAUCAAAAUUCUGGAAGAAAUUUCUGGAGUAAAAGAUCAUGAGACUGCUCAAAAGAAAAAAGAUAAUGUUAAGCUCUUUGCAGCUAAAGCAAAAGAACAACAAGAAGAGGAAAAAGCUAAUGUAGGUACAACUGAGCCUUUAAAGUCGUCAGAAAUAGUAAAAAAUCUGAAUAUCCAGCCAAAAAUUCCAAAAAAAAAAUCCCCGAAAGAGAGAGAUUCAGUCUCAUCUAUUGACAGUAGACCUUCUGUUAGAGGUAAAAAACAAGAUUUUAAGUUUGAUUUCCCAAAAGAUUCAGAAAUUUCAAACCAAGACAAACCUAAGUCUUCCACAAACCCAAACAAAAACCAGAAAGCAACUUUAUCACAAAAGUACAAAAAUUUAGACAGUUCUAUUUCCUCAUCUUCUUCAUCUUCUGAUGAAGAUUCACAAAAAGAAAUAAAAGUUCUUGUAAAGAAACCCGAAAAAUCUCAACUAAAUUUAGAAAUCAAAAGCAAUUCUCCUCUAUUUAAGUUAAAUGCAGAAAAGAAAAAAGAAAGCCCAAAGAUUGAAGUUUCUAUAAAUUAAAUUAUGAUGCCUUGUUUUAAAUCGGCAGAGAUUUUCACCUCUGCAAGCUCACAGCUUGGUGAUCGCUAUGGGCUGAACCGAUUCUUGCCUUAGGCUACGUCGUACCCUACUUGCUCCCAGGGAAUCAGUUCGCUAAGGACUUGGAGCCUGAGGAUUGACUCUCAGUUUUAUGCUGAGAACAUGCUAUUUUUAGAGUCCCUAAUUCGAGUAGAGAUUAUACCUACUCGGAACAGUGACCGACUAACUCCAUGUCAGGAGGAAAAUCCAAUAUCCCAGGCAUCACAGAAAAACUUCUGCCCAAAUACAUUAAAAAUUGCAUCAAGAGGUCGGACCAUAUUAUAUAUGAAGUUUCUAUUAAAAAUGAACCUGAGCCUGAAACAAUUGACAAAAAAAUUCCUGAGCUUCCUUCAGCAGUCCAAGUUGCUAGAAAAUUAAAAAAUAACCCCAGUGAUUUGCAAAACCAAGAAGUCAAGCCUAUAGAUCCACAACUAGAGCCACCAGUGGAAAGAUUUCAUAAAGAAAUUGGAUUAAGUAUACCAAAAAAUCGUGAAGAAGAAAGUGUUAAUGCUGAUACUGAAGAAAUAAAAUGCUACACAUUUGACGAUGCUCUAUCCAUAUUCAAAAAUCUAAAACUCCCUAAAAGCCCCGCAUACAUUAAAAUGGCGACACACGUCAAGUUGCCCUUUUGGUCUAGACUUUAUGGCCACAGCGAAUUGGAGCUGAAAAUCAAAUGCAAGCUCAAGAUGUGUGUAUCUGGGUAGGUUUUGGCUGCUUUCUUGUGAUUGGAAAUGGAGGCGCUCAGCAAAGUCCUUUGGAUCCGAGGACCCAUAGGCAUUCCUCUACCGAGAAAAUAUGAACUUCUGCCCAGGCCACAUAAGUUUUUUUCCCUAUAGCUGUCGAAGAAAGGCACUUUGACGCCCGAUAGACUCCAAGGAGUUGGUCCUUGGAAUCUAGUCCAAUCGCCCGUAGCAGGACGCAGAAUCCAUUAUCCGCCCACUCAAGGCUGAGCAUCGAGGAGGAGACAGAAGGUACCGGAAGGACACUAGUAAGAGGGAUAGACCCUCUGGGAUGGAGUCGAAAGCGGGUGAACUCCGUACGGGAGGUCUUUGGUGACUGCGUCACCAAUAUGGCUAACGCCUAACUUUAAAUAAUCCUAAUCUCUAAAAGCUCCUCAAGAGUAAUGAUAAAGCCAAGCUUUUUUGCUAGAUUAUGUGGGUGUUGUGGGAAAAGCAAUGUUAAGCUUACAAAAGAGCAAGCAGAAGACUGUGACAAAAUCAUCAGUUUUUCUGAGACGAUUUUUAGAAUGUCCCAAGCAUUCCAUAAAAGUUUACUAUUAAGUGUUUAUUGCAGCAUCACAAAUGAAACCUCCUGGCCUCAUUCCUUCAAAAAAAUCGGAAUUUCUAACUUUGAUAAAGAAACCAAACUCAGAGGCAUCCCACAAUUUUUGAUAUUUAUGCUAUUUUUGACCAAUUUUUUUACGAAAUCAACCAAAGAAAUGCUUGAGGCUUCAAAAGAUAAAGAAAAAGGGUUUCCUUUUGCGCCUUGCCUUUUAAAGCUAGGAGAAAUCGCUAUAAAAGUGCUAAAGGCAAACAAACUCAAUAAAUUCAUAAAAUCAAACAACAAAACAUUUGAAGUUAUUUUUUUCUUUUAUAUAGGGAUUGUUCAUUACUGAUAUAAAAACUUCACCCAAAAUAAUUCAAAUAUGAGCCAAUUUGAUAUGAUUUAUAAUAAGACGUUAAAAAAAGCAAUGGGAGGUCCAAAUGACCUUAUAUUGUCAGCAAGAUCGACUUUUGCAAAACAAAGUAAGAAUAUAUAA